AGUCACAUCUGGAAGCAGUCAGGGAGUCUACAGGGGAGGGGGUCUGGUCGUCAGAUCAUUGCAGAGAGGCUGCUGGUGUGCGCUCUCUCUCCGCAGGGCCACAGACUGUCUACUCCCCUUUCUCUCCAACAUGGACUGGACGCGGCCGAUUCUGCACUCUGUUUCCUAACGAGGCGCGACGCAAACUACGCCUGCUGUGGAACAUCUCAGAUGGAAUCGAUCAUAUAUGAAGACCGAAGCCCGUGAGAUCUGGAAUAUACACACCUUUUUUACCUUUUGCUGCGCUUUCUGAAACGGUCUCUGAAACCUACGCCCGCUUCUCCCGCGCUUCUCCUGGCUCUCGCAGCAUCCUUUUCGAACCGUUUGCGAGCGAAUCGCGCCGAUUUGGUUAUCGAUCAUCAGCAAGCGGCGCUGGUAUCAUGUUUCUUAGGUAGGGCCCGGAUGUUCCAAAGAUGCACUGGUUCGUUUUCUUAGGUGGUUCCUGCGACUAUCCUUUCCUGAUCUUUAGCUCCAUAAUGGGGAUCAGGUAAUAUUAACUAAGCCGCAAGAGAAGGACUAUCCUACGCUUUGCGUUUUUCAUCUUUCCUUCCCCCGGUUUUUCUUUCAUUUCUUUCCCUUGGGUUGUUUUUUCCUACCCCCUCCUUUUUUACAACCUUUUCUUCAUUCACCUUCGGAUAAAGCUGGACCACAUAUAUGGUAAAUGAAAGCAAAAACAUGUACAUACCGGAGGACACCCUUGAAAACCAUCAAGGCUCCAACUAUUCCAGUCCGUCGUUGGCUCCAGUCCCCAGUCUGAAUGAGGACGAGCAUGUGGGGGGCGGGGAUGGGGUGCUGGGUCUUGCACCAGAACACAUUCCCACCCCUGGCGCCUCCCUUAGCUGGCAGGCAGCCAUCGACGCGGCACGGCAGGCAAAGCUGAUGGGCACCACCGGAGCCCCGAUCUCCACUGCGUGCUCCACGCAGCGCAAACGCCAGCCCUACACCAAACCCAAGAAACAGGCCAGCACUGCCUCCACGCGCCCACCCCGAGCCCUUCUCUGCCUCACUCUUAAAAACCCCAUCCGCAGGGCGUGCAUCAAUAUCGUGGAAUGGAAACCAUUUGAAAUCAUAAUUUUGAUGACUAUUUUUGCAAACUGUGUGGCCUUAGCUGUCUACAUCCCUUUCCCCGAAGACGAUUCCAACGCAACCAACUCAAACCUGGAACGGGUGGAGUAUCUCUUUCUGAUUAUUUUUACGGUGGAAGCAUUUCUCAAAGUUAUUGCAUACGGGUUGCUGUGUCACCCUAAUGCGUACCUGCGGAAUGGCUGGAACUUGUUGGAUUUCAUCAUCGUGGUGGUAGGGCUGUUCAGUGCAAUAUUAGAGCAGGCCACUAAAGGGGAUGGUGGGACUUCAAUGGGAGGCAAGGCUGCAGGGUUUGAUGUAAAAGCCCUACGAGCCUUUAGAGUGUUAAGACCUCUGAGACUCGUAUCUGGAGUACCUAGUUUACAGGUGGUGCUGAACUCCAUCAUUAAAGCCAUGGUUCCCCUCCUGCACAUCGCUCUGCUCGUUCUGUUCGUCAUCAUCAUUUAUGCCAUCAUCGGCCUCGAGCUCUUCAUGGGCAAGAUGCACAGAACCUGUUUUUUCUUCAAAGAUGGACACAAAGGUCCUAUAUCUGAAGAGAAACCGGCCCCCUGCGCCCCAAGCUCCACCCAUGGACGACACUGCUCCCAGGCCAACAUAACGCAGUGCAUGAUGGGAUGGGCGGGCCCAAAUGAUGGAAUCACGAACUUUGAUAACUUUGCAUUUGCCAUGCUAACUGUGUUUCAAUGCAUCACGAUGGAGGGCUGGACUGACGUCCUGUACUGGAUGCAGGAUGCCAUGGGUUAUGAGCUUCCGUGGGUCUAUUUUGUCAGUCUGGUCAUCUUUGGAUCCUUUUUCGUUCUAAAUCUGGUUCUGGGUGUGUUGAGCGGGGAGUUCUCGAAAGAGCGAGAAAAGGCCAAAGCUCGCGGUGAUUUCCAGAAGCUCCGUGAGAAGCAGCAGCUGGAGGAGGAUCUAAAGGGCUACCUGGACUGGAUCACGCAGGCGGAGGAUAUCGACCCUGAGAAUGACGACGAGGGACUGGACGACGACAAGCCUAGAAAUUUGAGUAUGCCGGCCAGUGAAAAUGAGUCAGUGAACACUGAUAAUGCUCCCGCUGGAGACAUGGAGGGAGAGACCUGCUGUACUCGCAUGGCAAAUAGGAUCUCCAAAUCCAAAUUCAGUCGAUAUUCACGCCGAUGGAAUCGGUUAUGUCGGCGCACAUGCCGUGCAGCAGUGAAGUCAAAUGUGUUCUACUGGCUGGUGAUAUUCCUGGUAUUUUUGAACACACUUACUAUUGCCUCUGAGCACCACCAGCAGCCAGACUGGCUCACCAAUGUACAAGAUAUUGCCAAUAAGGUGAUGCUGGCUCUUUUUACUGGUGAGAUGCUGCUGAAGAUGUACAGUCUGGGCCUACAGGCCUAUUUCGUCUCCCUUUUCAACCGCUUCGACAGUUUUGUGGUGUGCGGUGGAAUUCUGGAGACUAUCCUGGUAGAGACUAAGAUCAUGUCACCCCUCGGCAUCUCUGUGCUGCGCUGUGUGCGUCUGCUCCGCAUCUUCAAGAUCACCAGGUACUGGAACUCUCUCAGUAAUCUAGUGGCAUCUCUGCUGAACUCGGUGCGCUCUAUCGCGUCCCUGCUUCUGCUGCUCUUCCUGUUCAUCAUCAUCUUCAGUCUGCUCGGAAUGCAGCUCUUUGGUGGCAAGUUCAACUUUGACGAGACGCGCCGCAGCACCUUCGAUAACUUCCCGCAGUCGCUCCUCACCGUCUUUCAGAUUUUGACCGGAGAGGACUGGAACUCUGUGAUGUAUGAUGGGAUCAUGGCGUACGGUGGGCCCUCUUUUCCUGGCAUGCUUGUCUGCAUUUAUUUCAUCAUCCUCUUCAUCUGCGGAAACUACAUCCUCCUGAAUGUCUUCUUGGCCAUUGCCGUGGACAACCUGGCAGACGCAGAGAGUCUGACAUCAGCGCAGAAAGAGGAAGAGGAGGAGAAAGAGAGGAAGAAGCUGGCCAGGACGGCCAGUCCAGAGAAGCGCCAGAACUCUGAGAAACCACCUCUGGAGGAUGAAAAGAAAGAGGAAAAGAUUGAACUCAAAUCCAUCACUUCUGAUGGAGAGACUGCCACCAAGAUCAACAUAGAUGAGUACACAGGGGAGGAGAAUGAGGAGAAGAAUCCAUAUCCUGUGAACGAUUUCCCAGGUGUGAAAGAGGACGAUGAGGAGCCAGAGAUGCCAGUAGGUCCUCGUCCACGACCACUUUCGGACAUUCAGCUGAAGGAGAAAGCUGUCCCCAUGCCAGAAGCCAGAGCUUUCUUUAUUUUCAGCCCCAAUAACAAGUUCAGGGUUUUGUGUCAUAAGAUUGUAAACCAUAACAUCUUCACCAAUUUAAUCCUGUUCUUUAUACUGCUGAGCAGUAUUUCACUGGCAGCGGAGGACCCAGUGAAUAAUGACUCAUUCAGGAAUCAGAUUCUAGGCUAUGCAGAUUAUGUGUUUACAGGAAUCUUCACCAUAGAGAUCAUACUGAAGAUGACCGCGUAUGGAGCAUUCCUACAUAAGGGUUCAUUUUGUCGGAAUUAUUUUAAUAUUUUGGAUCUGGUGGUGGUCAGUGUGUCUCUGAUCUCUUCUGGAGUUCAGUCAAGUGCCAUUAACGUAGUGAAGAUUCUCAGAGUGCUGAGGGUGUUGAGGCCCCUGAGAGCAAUCAACAGAGCCAAGGGCCUCAAACAUGUGGUCCAGUGUGUGUUUGUAGCCAUCCGUACCAUCGGGAACAUCGUCAUCGUCACCACUUUGCUGCAGUUCAUGUUUGCCUGUAUUGGUGUUCAACUUUUCAAGGGCAAAUUCUUCUUCUGCACAGACUCCUCUAAACAGACACAGUCUGAAUGCAGAGGGUCCUAUAUAUUAUACAAAGAUGGGAAUGUUGGAAAGCCAGAGAAAGCACAUCGUUUAUGGGAGAACAGUGAAUUCAACUUUGAUGAUGUCCUGCAGGGCAUGAUGGCUCUGUUUGCCGUGUCCACUUUUGAGGGUUGGCCAGGGCUCCUCUACAGAGGCAUUGACUCCCAUACAGAGGAUGUUGGCCCAAUCUAUAACUACCGUGUGAUCAUCUCUAUAUUCUUCAUCAUCUACAUCAUCAUCAUUGCCUUCUUCAUGAUGAACAUAUUCGUAGGUUUCGUCAUAGUGACAUUUCAGGAGCAAGGAGAACAAGAGUACAAAAACUGUGAGCUGGACAAAAACCAGCGUCAGUGUGUGGAAUAUGCCCUGAAGGCCCGUCCCCUGCGCAGGUACAUCCCCAAGAACCCGUAUCAGUACAAGGUUUGGUACGUGGUGAACUCCACCUACUUUGAAUACCUGAUGUUCACCCUCAUUCUUCUCAACACCAUCUGCCUGGCCAUGCAGCAUCAUGGCCAAUCUCAGUCGUUCAGCAAAGCCAUGAAUAUCCUCAAUAUGUUGUUCACCGGCCUAUUCACUGUGGAAAUGAUCCUCAAACUCAUCGCCUUCAAACCCAGGGGUUACUUUAGUGACCCCUGGAAUGUUUUUGACUUCCUCAUCGUAAUUGGCAGCAUUAUAGACGUCAUUCUGAGUGAGAUCAACCCAGCUGACCCCUCCUCCUCUCCCCCCUCCUCUGUGGUAAGACCAAUGGGCCUCCAAAACACUGAAGAUAACGCCAGGAUUUCGAUCACAUUCUUUCGGCUGUUCCGUGUGAUGAGGCUGGUGAAGCUCCUGUCUCGGGGCGAGGGCAUUCGGACGCUGCUCUGGACCUUCAUUAAAUCCUUUCAGGCGCUUCCCUAUGUUGCUUUGCUGAUCGUAAUGCUGUUCUUCAUCUACGCCGUCAUUGGGAUGCAGAUGUUUGGUAAGAUUGCCCUGAGGGACAACAGCCAGAUAAACCGAAACAACAACUUUCAGACGUUUCCUCAGGCUGUUCUGCUGCUCUUCAGGUGUGCAACAGGGGAGGCAUGGCAGGAAAUCAUGCUGGCCUGUUCCCCGAAACGCCCGUGUGAGAAGGGGUCAGAGGUCAACCACAACAGUGAAGACUGUGGCAGCCACUUUGCCAUCAUCUACUUUGUUAGCUUUUAUAUGCUUUGCGCCUUCCUGAUCAUUAACCUCUUUGUGGCCGUCAUAAUGGACAACUUUGACUAUUUGACACGUGAUUGGUCGAUAUUGGGGCCGCAUCACCUGGAUGAGUUUAAGAGGAUAUGGGCAGAAUACGAUCCUGAGGCCAAGGGACGGAUAAAGCACCUGGAUGUGGUGACGUUGCUGCGCAGGAUUCAGCCUCCCCUUGGGUUUGGAAAGCUUUGUCCACAUCGAGUGGCAUGCAAGCGGCUUGUGUCCAUGAACAUGCCUCUCAAUAGUGACGGGACGGUGAUGUUCAAUGCAACUCUCUUUGCUCUAGUACGAACGGCUCUACGCAUCAAAACAGAAGGUAAUCUGGAGCAAGCAAAUGAGGAACUCAGGGCCAUCGUGAAGAAGAUCUGGAAGAGGACCAGCAUGAAGCUGCUGGAUCAAGUCGUUCCCCCUGCUGGAGAUGACGAAGUAACAGUGGGGAAGUUCUAUGCCACAUUCCUGAUUCAGGAAUACUUCAGGAAAUUUAAGAAGCGCAAGGAACAGGGCCUGGUGGCCAAAAUUCCUCCAAAGACUGCUCUUUCACUGCAGGCUGGCCUGCGUACACUGCAUGAUAUGGGUCCUGAGAUCAGAAGAGCGAUAUCGGGAGACCUGACUGUGGAGGAGGAGCUGGAGAGAGCCAUGAAGGAAACCGUGUGUGCUGCAUCAGAGGAUGAUAUCUUCAGGCGGUCUGGAGGUCUCUUCGGUAACCACGUCAACUACUACCACCAGAGUGACGGCCACGCCUCCUUCCCACAGUCCUUCACAACACAGCGGCCAUUGCACAUCAGUAAAUCUGGGAGUCCCGGCGAAGCAGAAUCUCCCUCUCAUCAGAAGCUCGUUGACUCCACCUUCACUCCGAGCAGUUACUCUUCCUCAGGAUCCAACGCCAACAUUAACAACGCCAACAACACCGCCAUCGGACAUCGGUACCCCAAACCUACCAUCAGCACAGUGGACGGAAACACGGCACCGUCCCUCACCUCCGUCCCACUACCACGGCCCACAUGGUGCUUUCCUAACAAGAGCUCUGAUUCCAGUGACAGUCGUCUCCCUAUAAUCCGGCGAGAGGAAGCAUCUACAGAUGAGACGUACGAUGAAACACUACUAGAUGAGAGAGAUCAGACCAUGCUCUCGAUGGACAUGAUGGAAUUCCAGGAUGAAGAGAGCAAGCAGUUGGCUCCCAUGGUGGAGGCGGAUGUAGGGGAGGAGAGGAGGCCGUGGCAGUCUCCACGGCGGCGGGCCUUUCUCUGCCCCAGUGCACUGGGUCGACGGUCUUCCUUUCACUUUGAGUGUCUGAGAAAACAUAACAGACCUGAUGUUUCUCAGAAAACAGCACUACCACUGCAUCUAGUGCAUCAUCAGGCUCUGGCUGUGGCAGGGUUGAGUCCCUUGCUGAGACGGAGUCAUUCUCCGACGCUGUUCACGCGUCUGUGUUCCACACCUCCUGCGAGUCCCAGCGGCCGCGGCGGCGGAGGGCCAUGCUACCAGCCCAUCCCGUCUCUGCGGUUGGAGGGCAGCGGAUCUUACGAGAAACUCAACAGCAGCAUGCCGUCUGUGAACUGCAGCUCGUGGUACAGUGACAGUAACGGCAACCACAGCGGGAGCGUGCAGAGGACGCAGCGACCCGUGUCCCUCACGGUCCCUCCGGUCACACGCAGAGACUCCAUAUCCCUGGCACAUGGGAGCGCCUGCAGCCUCGUGGAGGCGGUGUUAAUAUCAGAGGGAUUGGGUCGCUAUGCACAGGAUCCCUCCUUCAUCCAGGUAGCGAAGCAGGAACUAGCGGAUGCCUGCGACAUGACCAUGGAGGAGAUGGAGAACGCUGCCGACAACAUUCUCAAUGCCAACGCGCCACCCAACGCCAACGGAAACUUGCUACCCUUCAUACAGUGCAGAGACACUGGCUCCCAGGAGUCCUGUUGCAGCCACACGCUGGGCCUCUCGACCACCACGGGCUCCGACGAGCUUCUGGGGGUGGAGUUAGAGUGCUCCGAGGGGGCGGGGCAGCGGAACAGCACUCUGAUGGAGGACGAGGACAUGGAGUGCGUGACCAGUUUGUAGGUGGAACAGCAGCAGGGAGGACUUCCUGUGUCUUAGCCCAGCUCUCUCUGAGGACACUGCUGUCCUGCAGUCUGACCUGUCUGUUGCGUGUACCUACUGUAGGGGUAUAAGGCCAUUCUGCUUAGCUGAGACCGAGUUGGUUUUUAGUUCGUCCGUGUGUUUGCGAGAGCACGAGCGAGUAGGAGUGUGUACUGUACAUGUUUGUGUGUGCGUUUCUAAAGUGCCUCACAGUUCCCACAACCUUGAUUUCAGUAAGGAAACGAAACCCUGACCGAGCAGGGAAUGAAGGGAAAAGAUGCGCUGCCGUCGCUCAAGCAGUGGGGUCUGUCCGCCGGUGGGAGGACAGAGCGAGUUUGCGCUGACUCGUGUGUAUGUGUGUGUGUGGCAGUAGGACUUGAAGGCCACAUCUUCGGCGUGGACGUGUGGUGCCGAGCAGGUGGAUCUUGAGGACCGUGUUGGGAAUUUGCCGCCCGGGUUCGAGAGAUGUUCAAAGGGACAUAUUGGAGUGGCUCUAUAUUUCCUUUCAUGGGGCUGUCCAUCCAUCCGUUCAUCAAGAGAAGUGUAUUCUGCUCUGCAAGCGCCCUCACGUCAUCCUUCUCCUUUAAGGCUUUCUUUUGUGUUCAGUUGAUGGUUUUUGCUGCUUUUUGAGUUUGAUUUCUACCCACAGUUCCCUAGUUAGCUUUUCUUUAAAUCAGCGGAAGACUGAACUCCCUGAAUUGCUCUUUCUCGUGUACCUUUACGGCUUUCAGGCAGCUGCUAGCUGUGCAAGGUACGGGUCAUUCAGGUUUUAUUUCCUUUUUUUUCAGCAUUUAAGUGUUUGUAAUGUUGUUUAUCUUGGAUUGCAUAUUUUUCUUAAAUUAUUAUUAUUAUUAUUGAAGGCGUUUAAGAUGUUUAUGCCAGAUGCAGUGUUGUGAAUCUAAUGCCUCUUACAGACACACACACAAAAAAUAUUUAUUUAUUUAUUGAAGAGUGUUCUGCCGGAGGGUUUAUUGGUGUAGCUGUAAAUGAGCGGUUUCACUCUCCUGGACGCAGGUAGCACUGACAGCUCUCAUGGCUGCUGUUGGAUUGGACUCACGUUUGCUCUGAAACUACUGAUGUUUCUUCACUGCUGAUCAUUCAGCCGACAGCUGCGAUUCUGUCACUAUCCCACCUGCUCGACACAGGGAACGGCAGAUCUUCAGUAGGUCAGUAAAGGUGCACUUUGAGGAGACGAGGGGUGGAGUAUUCAGGGAUGUCUGGGUAGCGCAUCAUAAAAAAAAAAAAAAAAAACUUCAAUGUAGUUCACACAGGGCUAAAUAUAUUAUGAAAGUACCAACAUCAGCAGUGUCAUCAUCAUACAAUGUUAUUGAUUGCUAUUAUUAUUACUAUUAUUGUUAAGGAUAUUUUUCUGCUGGGUUUAGCACUGUUUCCAUGCAGACACACAGAGAACUACUUAUCAAUCUAUUAUGCAAAUAAGGUGUUGAAGCGUUAACAUUGUGUUGGUAAUGUGUCGACGGGAUGGAAGGCGUCCCCUAAACACGUGCGCUGAUGAGAAACCUGACCAAUCCACUUCCAGGCAUCUCCCUUUUCGUGCCACACUUAGACCGGGUUAGAAGUUCUGUCACCAUUUUGCACACGACUUCAGAUGAUAUGAAUCUCUCUUUCCAUGUAUGAAUAGAUAAUGGAUUAUUUUUGUCUAGCAAACUCUUCGCUUUCUACACCCGAGCAUCCUGGCGUUUUUUUCCAGGCCUCGAAUAUCGCAUUCAAUCUCAAGUCUCCAGUCCUAUGCCGUUUUUAUUUUUUGUUGUCGAAUGAGUUCCUGAAUGUUUACAGGAGGUCUCUGCUCUUGAGGAUGAUGCAAAGCUUGUGGAAAAAAAUGUGACAAAUGUAGCCAGAACCCACCUGCUCUGUUCCAAAGCCGCCACCACACCCUCAUAUCUCCUACACACAUGUACCAUAUGUCAUUAUGAGGCUUCCCCUGGCAUAUUUCGAGGCCUUGAUUGUGUACGUGUGCGAGUUUCUCCGUGUUUAGCAUAUGCAGUGCGCAGAAAUGAGCGUGUUUGUGUGGUGUACGUGCAGGAUGAGUGUGUGAGUGCAUGCAUGCGUAUGUGCUUGCAUACCACAAGAUAUGCAAAAACAAUGCAAUAACCGUUUCCUUCAGAACUACAGCUGUACAAAAAUCUAAGAUUCAGAGAGAAAUAUAUUCACUGGUGUGUAUUAAGUUACAGAACUUUAAAUUGAAGAAACCUGUCAUACUUGAAAUCGGGUGCAUUUGAGUAUUGAGUAUUUUGAAAUAAUCUUGUGCAGGUCAGUUUGGUUUGAUGUUUUUUCUUCUGUUGGUUUCAAUUAUCUCUGCAUGAGGAUUCUUUUGGUGUGUCAAGCGUUCCAAGUAACUUUUUUUUGUCGUUGUUGUCGUUUUCAUUUGAAACAUUGAGGAAACACUGAUGACGAGGAGCGAAAGUGUAAAUACAGUCGGAGGAGAGAAGCACCUCGGUGGGAAAAUGAUUUUGCAUAUCUUGUGCUCAGCUGAAAGGUGCAUGAUACGCAAGAGCAGCUCUCUCUGUUUCACUCUCGCUGUUUCCCCUUAUCUUUUCAUUCGCUCACCCUCCUUGUCCUUUUUUCGGCAGACAUCACAGUAAAGGUGUUUUAUCAUGGCA